CUCAUGAAGAACUGUUAAGGCACUUCAUCCCUCCGCAAAUACCGAAGCUAUCCAGACAUGGUACAGGACUUCUGAUCCGAGAUCCUCGCUGUUCUUCGGAGAUCAAACGGCGAUUUCUUCGUGCUUUGGCAUUAUUACCGGGACAUUUUUUAGACGUGCGUUUUGAGCAAAAAGCGUGUGGAGCGAUGGACGGGACAAAUGCGCUUUAUCAUGUAUUGAACCUGUGAGGAUGCGACAAGACAUUUGAUUUUCACCAAAAUCAUCAUUGUUAUUUAACUACUAUAUCAUGAUGAAAAAAAAGAUUCCUUUAUCCGUCUGGAUGAUGUUUGCUCCUAACUGAUCAUGGGUCUCCCAUUAAAAGGAGGAUUACACUGGAAAUGACAGUAGAUAUUCCUCAAAUGCACCCCUGAAUAUCCCUUAUUAUCGCCUAUAUCAUAUUGUUGUAAUCCAAAAAACCAUAAGAGCCACUUUUAAAUGUGCUUUAGGGACUGUUAAUAAAGAUGAUCCUAUUCCGUAAAUUUCGCGUGUUGAUUUUAAUGGUGUUUCUCGUCGCCUGCACCAUGCACAUCAUGAUAGACCUGUUACCCAAACUGGAGAAGCGCGCAGCCGGUUCGAGCUCCGGCGCGGCGGGAGCAGGAGGCGGCUGCUCGUGCGCUCACAGCCCGGGCGAGGAGCCGCGAUCCUGGGCCAAACAGCGCGCCAGAGCCGCCGCCGCCGAACCGGGCUGGCCUAAUAAACACUCUUUGAGAUUACUGCAGGAUUUCAGCAAUGAGCCCAACUCCAAUCUCAGCUCGCAUUCGCGGGAGAAGGUAACAGAGAAAGCUGAGUCUUUAAAGAGAGUGAAGCAGCUCAAACUGGGUUCUGAGAAACGCGGUUUGAUGAAGGACGCAUUGAGCGGACAGAGGAGAGCUGUCCAGGGUCCCUCCAAACUGAAGGCGCUCUAUGAGCAUCCGCUCUUUAAGACUAACCUCCCGCAUCUCUCUGAUGAUGACACCUUAUUCAACAUCAACACUGAUAUCAGACUGUACCCCAAAGCUGCUGGAAACCAAGAAUGGCAUAACGAGGGUAAUGAGGAGGAGUACAGUCCGACGGGGGAGGCUGCAACUGAGUCAUAUCCCAACUGGCUCCGUUUCCACAUUGGGAUUAACCGGUAUGAGCUCUACUCCAGACACAAUAUCGUCAUAGAGGCCCUGCUAAAGGACCUGGUCUCCCAGAGGAUCACAAGUGUAGCUAUGAAGUCAGGUGGCACUCAACUGAAGCUUAUCAUGACAUUUCAGAACUACGGACAAGCUCUGUUCAAGCCUAUGAAACAAACCAGAGAGCAAGAAACACCACCAGACUUCUUCUACUUCUCUGACUUUGAGCGACACAAUGCAGAGAUCGCUGCAUUUCAUCUAGAUAGAAUCUUGGAUUUCCGGAGAGUUCCCCCCGUGGCCGGCAGAUUGGUGAACAUGACACGGGAGAUCCGAGAUGUGACCCGUGACAAAAAGCUCUGGCGAACAUUCUUCAUAUCCCCAGCCAACAACAUUUGCUUCUACGGCGAGUGCUCAUACUACUGCUCCACGGAACAUGCCCUGUGCGGAAAACCCGACCAGAUCGAAGGCUCCCUGGCUGCAUUUCUUCCUGACUUGGCACUAGCAAAGCGCAAGACCUGGAGGAACCCCUGGCGCCGUUCCUAUCACAAACGCAAGAAAGCUGAGUGGGAAGUGGAUCCUGAUUAUUGUGAUGAAGUCAAACAGACUCCACCAUAUGACCGAGGCACACGCCUUCUGGACAUCAUGGACAUGACUAUUUUUGACUUUCUAAUGGGAAAUAUGGAUCGUCACCAUUACGAGACUUUUGAGAAGUUUGGAAAUGAGACUUUCAUUAUUCAUUUGGACAAUGGCAGAGGAUUUGGAAAGCAUUCUCAUGAUGAAAUAUCUAUCUUGGUCCCUUUGACUCAGUGCUGCAGAGUGAAGAGGUCGACGUACCUGCGGCUGCAGCUGUUGGCUAAAGAAGAGUACCAGCUGAGCUCUUUGAUGUGGGAAUCUCUGCUGCAGGAUCAGCUUACCCCCAUCCUCAUCCAGCCACACCUGCAGGCCAUGGACCGUCGUUUACGUCUGGUGCUCAAGGUGCUGGCCGACUGUGUGGAGAAGGAAGGCUUCUCAUCAGUGGUGGAGGAUGACCUGGACACACAGCCAUCCUCACACCACCACCAGGCACACAGAGGGAGGUAGUGAGGCCUGAACCUUGGCCCUCGCUGGUCAAACCCCCACCAUGAGCCUCCAACCCCACUGAGGCUUGUGCUUGAUACACUCUCUGAAUUCAGUGAAUUCCUAGACUUGCCACCAAUGCCUCUGAGGAGCCUCCAUUCCUGAAGAUGUGUAUAUGUGCAGAGACACUGCUAUGUGUUUGGCAUCCGAGGACCGCUGGGACAAUAAAGCUGUUUAUUUAGUUUGAUUGUCUUUUGAUGCACUGCAAAAAUUCAUUGUCUUGAUCACAAUGUUUGUCUUCUUUUUUCCACUAAAAAUAUCACAUGCAUAUUUACUGAUUAUGAAAAGAACAAGGGUAAAUGCCCACCAUGAUGCAUUAGAGACAGAAAGCUAUCAAAGCACUGAAACUUUGAGAUGCAAAUACAACUUUGCAAAGUACAUAUGGUGACUAAGUGUAAAUAGGCCCUAAACAUCCUUAAAUUUACAUGAGAAUCAAAAUUAAGAAAAAUAAGGAGACUUGUUUCUUCUACCCAUUGACAAAUUGUUUUAUUUUUUUCAACAUGCGGCUUUCAAAUGUUCAUGUACCCUAAAAUCAACCCCAUCAACCCCCCCAAAUUAAUCAGAGGUUGUAUUUUUGCUCCUAAGAUUACAUUUAUAUUCCACAGACGGUUACGUUUAGGGUUGGGGUUUGUGUUAGGGAGUACAGUUAUACAUUAAUAUGCAUUCCUGUUUACUGUAUUACAGUUACAACCAGUGGCGUAACUUAGGUCUUGCGGGCCCUAUUGCAAAGAAACUGUUGGGCCCCCUGGAUGGGGGGGGGGGGGUCCUCACCCCUCGGUCCCAUGGUUGACCAAAAGAAACCAUAAAAAUGACCAUAACUCAAGGGCCCUAAGGCAGCCUCCCACCCUGUUCUCCCUCUAGUUACACCCCUGUUUACAACUAAAAAUGCAAAUCGCUUUUGGUGCCACCAAAAAAUUUCACCUGGAAAUUUCACCUCAAUUAUUUGCCAAUAGGGUAAGAAAAAUUAACCGAAUUCAAUAUAUAUUCUCUAAAAGCGAGUUUUAAUAUGCAAGUUUGCUUCUCAAGUCCCUACCCCCCUAUAUAUACAGAUACAAUUAGUUUUUGUGGCCAAAGCUCAAAGCUACAGUACAGUCAUCUUAGCUGCACCUUGAUUUGUUUGAGAGGUUUGCUGAAAUAAUUUAUCAGCUUUUUGCAUAUUUAUCCCCAAAAGUCAAUGAGUGUACAGAACAUAUCUCCUUUAUAGAGGGACCAAAGUUAGAAGCAAGCUAGAACAGAGAAAUAGAUGAAUAUUGUUUUAGUACUAAUGGCACAUACAAGCUUUAAUCACAGUACUGCAGUGCUCAUGUGCAAGACGACUUUCAUACAUACACAGUUUAACGGCACUUCCCACCAUCCAAACUAACCGCAUCAAAGAACCUUCAUCUAAAAUGCAUAUUGUGCAAUCAAACCUUCAAUCAUUGUGUCAGAUCCUGCACAUUUGUUUCAUUUAGGGUAAUUCACUGGUGAAGUGCACCCUUCGUUUAAGGUUAUUCAGAAGUGAAGCACAUGUUUAUUAUGGACUCUAUGGAGAAUGAGAGAAUGAAGCUGAUUGGUUGUUCGAGAGCUCCAUUCCUGCUGGGUUUCCCAUCGAAGGCCCCAUGCUGAAUACACCUGCUCUUUCUUAAUGAGAUCUGCUGGUGAAAAGUCAUAAUGUUGUUAGUGUUACAUGACAGUACACGUAUCUUCAGUCUCAUUAUUCGAUGAUAUUUCGGUGGUUGCUUGAGCACAGGUUUGAGGGAAUGAAAAAAUGAUUGAACUUUUAGUGGAACUAAUACCAGGUGUUAUACAGUACAACGACAAACAAUAAAGCUCUUCCAAGCAUUUGAAAUUCCGACAUUCCAAGGUGAAUGCAGUAUUAGAGGAACAGUUCACCCAAAAAUCUAAAUUCUGUCAUCACUCACCUUCAUGAUGUUCCAAACACAUAUGAAUUUCCCUCUGCUGAGGGACACAAUAAUAGAUGGGGUGGCUGUGGCUCAGUUGGUAGAGUGGGUCGGCCACUAAUCGCAGGGUUGGUGGUUCAAAUUCAGGCCCACACGACUCCACAUGCUGAAGUGUCCCCAAGUUGCUCCCAAUGGCAGACUAGCACCUUACAUAGCAGCUCUGCUGCCAUUGGUGUAUGAAUGAAUGUGUGAAUGAGUCACAGUGUAAAGCACUUUGAAUACCGUUAAGGCUUAAAAAGGUGCUAUAUAAGUGCAGACCAUUUACCAUGAUACCGUAGCCUCAGUCAGAAUUGGGGUUGGGGACCGAGAACCGGUUCUUAUUAAGAAAACAGUUAUUUUAUUAAAAAGUUAUUUUUUAAUAAAAUAACAUUUUAUUAAAAAUACCAGAACUGAAGGAUUCUCAAGACUUCCAGUUCAUUAACGCUUCUUGAUUGUGCAUUCGUCCAUUGAUGUGAAUGGGAAACCGUGCUAAAACCCUCAGACAGUGUUUCCUGUUUUACCAUUCAGUGGCACUGCAACCCUGCUACUAAAUCAGCAGAGUGAAACAUACAGCGUGACCAGUGUAGUCCGAUUCCUGAACGAAUGGCUCUUAUGAGCCAAUUUAUUUAAAUCUACAGGGUGCAUUAAACAGCGCAAAUUACACUUAUGAGCCGUCCAUUUGAAUCUACUUUUUUGCGUCCAAUCUAAUCCGAUCUCUGAACGAGUGACUAUUAUGAGCCGGUUCUUUUGAAACAUAUAUGGUAUUAAACGCACAGUGUGACCAUUGUAGUUUGACUCCCAAACAGUUGACUCUUGUGAGCAGGUCCUUUGAAAUUUACAGCGUGAAACAUAAAGCACGACCAGUGUAGUCUGAUUCCUGAACGAAUGACUCUUAUGAGCUGGUUCAUUUAAAUCUACAGCACUAAACAUACAGCACAAAUGACUCUUAUGAGCUGGUUCAUUUAAAUCUACAGCACUAAACAUACAGCACAAAUGACUCUUAGGAUCUGGUUCUUUUGAAUCUACAGCAUGUAACAGACAGUGCCACCAGUAUAGUCUGAUUCCUGAACUCUAAAAAGCCAGUUUAUUUCAAUCUACAGUGCAAACAUAAAGCACGACCAAUGUAGUAAGAUUCCUGAACGAAUGACUCUUAUGAACCGGUUCUUUUGAAUCAAGCAUGAAAUGCACAGCGUGACCUGUGUAGUCCGAUUCCCGAACAAAUUAUUAUUAUGAGAUGGUAUUUUUAAUCUACAAUGCGAAACAUACAGUGUGACCAGUGUAGUCUGAUACUGAAAAGAAUGACUCUUCUGAGCAAGUUUAUUUGAAUCUACAGCGCUAAACAUACAGCGCGAUUGACUCAUGAAUUUUAAAUGAAGUCUAAAAUGGAUGGCGCGACCAUUGUGGUCCGAUUGACGAACGAAUGAUUCUUAUGAGCUGGUAUUUUUUUAUCUACAAUGCGAAACAUACAGCGCGACCAGUGUAGUCCGAUUACUGAAUGAAUGACUCUUAGGGUUUUGGUUCGAAACAACAUUAGAGUGAGUAAAUGGUGACAAUUUUCAUUUUUAGGUAAACUUUUCCUUUAAACAUGAAAAAUUGGCUGUUGUGGCAUUGCAAAGAAUUUUUGCUUUCAUUGGGGACAAAUUGUAGCGAAAUUUCGUGCCAGGUUAGGACAUGGUGUUAUGGUGACCGAUGAUUUUAUAAUAUGAUUUUAAUUUAAUUAACAUUGAAUUUCUUUUUCAACUGUUUUCUUGAUUUUUCAGUGCCAGUCUCAUGAAUGCUGUAUACUGAACAUUCAACAGAGGUUAUUGUUACAUUGGUCUGUAUAAACAUGUUUUCCGCUCUCACUUAUUUUGUAUUGUGUGAACAAAGGCCAAUAAGGCAAUAGAGUGCCUUUCAUUAGGAGCACUAAUCACCGAUUCACUCAUAGCCAUCUAUCAUAUUUUUAAAGAAAUAUAUGUUCAACGAUCUGUUACAUGUUGAAAGCUUGCAUUGCUAUUUAUUAAGAAAGAGUUCAUUUGUAAGGAAAUGUUGAGGGCUUUUAGGUCUUUUUUUUAGAUUGUUUAGAUUUAAAUGAAGUCCCUGUUCCUCGCAGACAUUGUAUAGAUGAUUUGAUAGUCUGACUGCUCUGUGUAAAGUGUGACUAUAUGCCUGAAUCUCUGAGAGGGGCACGUGUUGUGUGUUUAACCCUAGUGCCUGUGCAAUGCUCGAGAAACUGAAAUGUUUUGGGAUUAUUCACACAAUGGCUUUUUCGUACCCCGUGGACUGGACUUCAAGGGUUUAUGGGAUCGUCAAGGCUUCUUUGGCCAAACAGACUCAAAACUUCCCCCAUUCUGUCAGUGUGUCUAUGUAAAUAUCUAUAAAUAUAAAUAUGUUGAUCCAGGAGGCUGUUUUUGGAGCAAAAACACAAAUAAUUCCUUUUCUGUCUUAGGCAUUGUUACUGUGAAGACCUGUUUGCAAAAUGAUACAAGUGUGCAAUAAAUGAAGCUAUGUU